AUGCGUCUUGCUACUCCGAUUUUUCUGGCUGGGCUGGCUAGCGCUUUGGAAAAUGGACUCGCGCGGACACCACAGUUGGGAUGGAACACUUGGAACUCAUUUGCCUGUGACAUGAAUGAGACUGUCAUUUUACAAGCUGCUGAGAAAAUUGUUUCCCUUGGCUUCUUAGAUCUUGGCUACCACUAUGUUGUCAUGGAUGACUGCUGGUCCGCAGGUCGAAACUCGUCUGGUUAUCUUAUCCCAGAUCCUGAAAAGUUUCCCAAUGGAGUCGCAGACCUAGCGGACAAGAUUCAUGCCAUGGGAUUGAAGCUGGGGAUCUACUCCAGCGCGGGCACCUUGACCUGCGCACGGUAUGCCGGCUCGCUAGGAUACGAAGAGAAAGACGCCGCACUAUGGGCCAGCUGGGGCAUUGAUUAUCUUAAAUACGACAACUGCUACAACCAAGGCGAAGAAGGAACCCCCAAGCUUUCCUAUGACCGCUACAACGCCAUGGGCAAAGCACUCAAUGCCACAGGUCGACCUAUCCUGUACUCCCUAUGCAAUUGGGGUGUCGAUGGCCCAUGGAAUUUUGCUCCUACAAUUGGCAAUUCCUGGAGAAUGAGCGGUGAUCUGACAAAAGUCUGGGACCGGGAAAAUGUAAACUGUCCGUGCUCUGAAACCGAGGGUCUGGACUGCAAGACUCCUGGAUAUGAAUGCUCUGUCAUGAACGUUCUUAACAAGGCCGUGUACUACCCAUCCAAGGCGUAUGCAGGUGCAUGGAAUGAUUUGGAUAUGCUAGAGGUCGGAAAUGGCGGUUUGACGGAUACCGAAGCUGUCGCCCAUUUCAGCCUUUGGGCAGCGCUCAAAUCUCCGCUUCUCAUGACAAACGUGAUGACUAAAAUUGACGCAUCUACACUUUCCAUCCUGCAGAAUACAGCUGUGCUGGCUGUUUCUCAAGACCCCGAGGCGUCGUCCGCUGUGCGUGUUUGGCGCUACUAUGUCGACGGCGGCGAGAUUCAGAUGUUCAGUGGUUCCCUAAGUGGGGGCGACCAGCUGGUCUUGCUCUUGAAUGCAGGGGCUACGGCGCGUAAGAUGAAUGCAACUCUUACGGAUAUCUUUUGGGCGGAUGGGCCUGGGGGUACGGCGUCGCAGAUUCAGAGUAGCUGGGAUGUGUAUGAUCUUUGGGCUAACAGAAUGAGCAAUGCGACGGCGAAUGCGAUUAUUCAAGAGGGGAAUGCGACACGACCGAUCAAUAUGACUGCUCUUGGUGGAUAUGAGAAGGUCUACUCGCAGGCGCCGUUGCCGACGUCCAAGGCGCUUAUGGGUUUGAAGGUUGGCACUGUUAAGGCAAGUGGGACGGUGACAGCCAAUGUGCAGCCACAUGGUGUUGCCAUGUUGCGUUUGAGGGAGGUCAAGACUAAUGAUGAGCUAUGA